GAACAAAGAAAUUAGGAAAAAGCAAAAAUGGAAAUGACAUCAAACUGCUUAUUCCCAAAUCCUCCGUUUCUCGCUUCCACUGACCAAAAAUUCGGAAAUCGUCCGUGUCCAAACCCACUGCUCCAUUUCCAGAACCGUUCUUCUUUCCAGUCGCAUCGAAUUUCGUUUCCCAUCAGAGCUGUAACCGCCAUGGAAGCCGAGCAAAGUGGAGGCACUGCCAGUAUCGAAAGUGGCUCCGCCCAAUCGAUGAAGCUGUUGUUUGUAGAAAUGGGUGUCGGCUACGAUCAACAUGGGCAAGAUGUUACUGCUGCAGCUAUGCGGGCUUGUAGGGAUGCUAUCUCCUCCAAUUCUAUUCCUGCUUUCCGGAGAGGAUCUAUACCUGGUGUUACUUUUGAUCAAAUGAAACUCCAGAUCAAGUUGGGAGUCCCUCGUCCUCUCCAACAUUCCCUGGAUAUUGAGAGGGUCAAGUCUGUCUUCCCAUAUGGGAAGAUUAUAAACUUCGAAGUUGUAGAUGGUGGACUUAUAUGCUCAAGUGGUGUACAGGUGGAAGAAAUGGGAGAUAAGAAUGAUGACUGUUACAUAGUUAAUGCUGCAGUUUAUGUUGGUUAUUAGCUUCUGGUUCCUCUCCUACCUCUCAAGAGUUUUGUGAGACUGGCAUCAGAGCUAGCUAAACUGGUAGCAGAGAUGAGUUAGUGGAGCAUUGGAGCCAUGAGAAGAAACAAGAGGAUUUAUUUGUACUUUUGAAUUCAUUUUGUCUUUGUUUCCUUGGCGCCAAAUGCAGAUCUAUUUCUCCAAUUGGUGCUGAAUGCUACUAUUUCCAAAUUAUGGAUGGAUUUUUGGAUGUGUUAUUUUCUCAUCAAGGAUGAUCCCCUUUUGCAACUUCC